CUUGUCGCGAACUCACCUGUCCGCCUCUGCCCCAGUCCACAUGUGGUCGCAACAGCGACGAUGUUAAUAUGCCACACAAAAGCAUCCAGGCAGCGGAAAAAGCAGCCAUCGAAGGCGAGACAGAGCAGUGGGAUACCCAGCAGUGCAGGGCUCUGAACGUUGAACUGGAGGCGCUGUUAACCAGCAGCCCGACCCGCUCCUCAGGGAAUCAAGUCGCGUCUGCCAUCGCCAGAGUCGCGAUCCCAUCAUCCCCCCAGCAGCCAGUCGAGAACCACGAGCAGGAAGACUCACAGGUUGUUGUUGCACUAGAUGCUUACGAGGAGCCCAAUGCGGUUGCGGAUUCACCUGCGAAUGGAGAUGGCAACCCAGAUGAACUCCGCCAACUGGACCAACCUGCCACUGCUAAUGAUGAUUUGAAACCUCGACCUGACGAGAUUCAAGGACCGCUGCAAAUCAGACGUGAUAGCCUGGGAAGAUUGAGGGCAUAUACCGCAGCAGGAGAAGAAGUUUCGCCUGCACAGUUCAUCAAGAAAUACCAAAUGGCUCAAGCACAAGCAGCCAUGGACGAUUUCACCCAAAGAUCUUCGAUGUCUGCAACCCAAGAAAAUCCUCAAUACCUCUACGAACAGUUCCAGAUGCAACGAAUGAACCGCGAAGACUGCCCUUCUACUUCAAUACCCAAUGACGACAGUGAAAGCGAAGAUCAAGGACCAGAACCACCGGUCCACGAUCCUAGACAUGCAUCCGCUUCUACCGCAUACACCUAUCAGGAGAACGACACUGGCCAUAUUCAUCUGGGCUUCGAUACCGAACCCAUAGAAGAGGAGCCCCUUGAAGAAUCACAAGAUGGAUCGUAUACUAUGCCAAUGCCAGUAGUACAUCCAAAUUAUAGCUCAUUUGAGCCAAAGACUCCAGCACCUCCGGUCAAUCCAUUCCGGCAGAAAGGGAGUGUCAUGGAAGGCUUCGAAUUAUUCGGUGCUACACAACCAUCUUCGAUCGGUCGUCAUAUGGCAGCGACUCCUACGUCUUCUAGGCCGUCACCCGAUGUCUAUAAUGAUUUCAGCUCACCUCCUAAGCAUCCAGCGCCAGAACUGUCGUCUCCAUUACGUAGAGGGCUGCCUGAGCCUGAUUCGGACAUGAACGAUGCUACACCGUUACAGUCAUCGGUACGUAACAUGCUCGGGCGAUCCCAAUUAUCAAGAACGGCACAAUCUUUCGAUGCUGGACCGAAGAAUGCUUGGGCCAAUCCCGAACCACGCCCGUACGUUUCAAUGCAGCAAAGCCAAGAGAAGAGGAGACGAACAGUUGAGCCUGACUUCGACUCGUCAGAUGAUGAGUCAGAUAUGGAAACACCACGGAACCAUAAUCGAAAGACGGAGCGAGAACUACAAAUCCAAAAAGAGCUCGCUAAAGUUGAGUUACGCAAGAGGACGCCAUCAACGAAUCCACGGUCCUCGGCACCUCCAUCGAGCACUGUUGCUGUAGAAGUACCUUCGACUGGUCGACGCCGGAGUGUUCAGGAAGACUACAUAGCUCAGUGUUCUGGUCAUGAUGCUCGAGAUACACAGCAAGACGAUGUUAUUGUUGACUCUCAGGCUGCGGAAACUGAGAUUGAAGAGCCCGAACAACUUGACUCUUCGAAGCGACCAGUGGAAACUACAGAAUCGUCGGUGGAUCAUCCAAGGCAAGGUGGAGAAGAGGUGGAACAAGAGCUGGACGGAGAAGCCACUCAGAAUACCAAUUCAUCAAAUCCAGAGCCAGCUCUGGAUCUGGAACCAAGUCUUCCUUUACAAGAGAUGUCCUCAAAUCUAGGAGUGCGCACUCCAGGGAGUAAAAUCCAAUCAGAUGCCGUUGAUACUGUUCCUGAAACAUCUCCACCAGAAGCACGCCUGCGCCCAAUGGGAGAAAUUGCUUCCCUCUCGUUUGGAGCGAGUGAAGAUUUGCCAGACAACUUUCCAGGCUUCACACAAGACCUAGAGUUUGAAAAUGCAAUGCAAAUAAGAUCUUCACCCAGACCCCCAACGAGAAAACGGAGUCUAGGGAGAGCACCUAAAUCAUCCAUGACUUCUGGUACUGGUAGCUCUAUGGUCAACCCAGUAUCAAGCGCAACUUCGUCUGCCCUUUCCAGUCCACCGAAUUCUGCCGUCUUAGAAGAAACCGCUGCUGAAGUCAACCUCCAUGACGAACCAUCAGAAGAUCCAAAAGAUAAGGGGAUAGUCAGACAGGACGAAGUGCCUAUUCAUGACAGUGACUUACAAGCAGACCCACAAACUGGUAGCAGCGUCAAUACCGGAUCUGACCCUUACGCGGCCCUGAACGCCACCCCCACCACACCAGCCACUCCGACGCCUGCUGAUAUAACACAAGAUCAGCUCCAGCAGAAUGAAGUUACGGCCCACUCGAUUUCGUCGCUUCCAAACGAGCCGACCAAGCAAACUCCGAAGCGUAUAUUGAGAACAUACAGUAAGCUCAGAGGCCCAUCACGCAACUUGAGGCGUUCUCUCGAUACAUCAGCCACUAGAAGUCCACAGCCAUCUUCCCGCGUUGCCAAAAUGAUGCCAGUACCCAAGACAAUUACAAGUCCCCAAUCGACCCCGGUUCGCAAGGCCGUCGCAAAGUCGAAACAGCCAACUCCAGUCGUGGCACCUGAGGCGCCCUCAGCCUCAAUUCCUACCGGGACUAAGCGUACAAACAAGAGAAAGUCGGGAGUUACAGUUGUGCAGGAAGACAAUAUACAGCCAACAAGAGCAUCAAAGCGGCAGUCACUGGCGAAAGAUUCGAGUCCAGAUCCCUUAGCUCUCUCUUCUCCAUCAACUGCUGCACGAACUCCGAAAAUAACGAGUGGUCUUUUCAAAGAAAUGACCUUUGCCGUCAGCUACGUUGCUCACGAGCGCGAAAAAGACGAGAUCACGAAGGCGAUAUUUGAGCAAGGUGGCCGGAUUCUUCCAGAUGGUUUCGAUAGCUUGUUCGACUCAGCGAAGGGUGGCGAAAACGAGGAGCUCUUACUUUCGCCUUCAGCCAAGUCUGUGGGCUUUGUGGCUUUGAUUGCAGAUGAACAUUCUCGAAAAGCAAAAUACAUGCAAGCCCUUGCCUUGGGACUUCCCUGUAUCUCAGGGCAUUGGAUCACUGCCUGCGUUGCCAAAAGCACAAUCGUUGAUUGGUCACCGUACCUGCUCUGUGCUGGGCAGUCUUCUAUUCUCGGUAACGCACACAAAAGUCGAGUCCUUGCGCCAUAUUCAGCACGAGAAGCUAAGCUCGAGGACACUUUCGCGAAUAGAGGGAAGCUGCUUGAAGGAAAGUCUGUGCUGCUUGUUACAGGUAAGGGCAAAGGCUCUGAGAAGCGGAAGGCGUAUACGUUCCUAGCACACGCGUUAGGACCGGCACGAAUUAGCCAAGUUGCCGAUUACCAGGAUGCACGAAAGAAACUUAAUCUGGACGGGGAAUGGGAUCUUCUCUAUGUCGAUGCCCACGAGAAAGCUGCAGAAGAAGCAGUUUUCGGUACUCCGACCGUAUCGAGCAGUGCGUCUCGAAAGCGAAAGAGGGGGCCGACGGCUGUGGAUGACUCACCUGCACCGAAGAAGAUUAGGAUCAUCUCUGAUGAGACGAUGAUCCAGAGCUUGAUUCUGGGGCAACUGCUCGAGGAUUAAGCGGUUGCAACAUGUACAAGGAGUUGUACAUUAUGGGACUUAGAUACAAUGGAUGUAAACAUAGGGCAUGGAAUGGUGACGACAAAAUGGCGCAAAUGUUACUUUUUGGGAUGUGCAUAGCUAUGGAUGGAGGCAUGGAUGGAAGGAGUACGGUAUUUGCUAAUUUUAAUGCCUCACUGACUGGGAAUCCGAGAUCUGUUGAGUUGUCGGCCAGCGGAUGCUAGCAGAGGAGAUGGAAAUGGUUGUCACAGGCCAGCCGCGCUGGCGGUGGGGAGAGGCUGUAUAUAUGUAUGUACAGUAUCUAGUACAGAAGUUUUGGCGAAAUGUAAAAUCUGGCACGAUCAUUACCAUUACUAUGAUUAUGACUGCUCACCAGAUCCCU